AACCAGUGAAGCGGAGGUGGCUGAACUUCUGGACCCUCACAUCACCAGAAAUCACCAUACGGAUUCCUCAGACCAUACUGCCAGAUGCAAGCUUGUGACGCAAGAUAAUUGCUGCAGCAUCACUUUCCGAUUCACGGUAUGGCUGCGGGCUGGCUGCACUUCAAAAAGGGUCCUUGCUCGCACUUUCCCCCAAUUUCAGAAAAAGGAAGUAAUUUUAACUAUUUUACUAUUUCACUCUUCACUUGAAUCCUGAGGUUUGACUGAGAACCAAGACGUUCUUCAGCCACACAAACAAUUACCUACCUCACCCCACACAUCAUUGCUGAACACAAAAGAAGAAAAAGGAAAGAAACCAUGUGUAUCGUCCUAGUAACCACAGCACACCCCUCCUACUCCCUCAUCGUCAUCGACAACCGCGACGAAUUCAUCAUCCGCCCCACGAGCAGACCACACUGGUGGAUCUCGCACCAUCAACAGAUCCUCUCUUCUCGCGAUCUGCAACGUGCAGAGCAAGGGACGUGGACCGGUAUCACGAAAACGGGCAACUUUGCCGUCCUGACGAACUAUCGGGAAACGAAUACCCACGAUGCGGACCACCCCAUACAAGGCACGAGGAGUAGGGGCGGUAUGGUGACGGCGUGGUUGACGGCUCCGAAUGAUGAGAAUACGCAUGCGUUUGUUCACCGCUUGUUGGAGGAAGGAGAGGGCGUUGCUGGUGUUGGGGGCUUUUCGUUGUUGUGUGGGAAGUUGAGGAGGAGGAGGGAUACGAAGCAUGAGUUGGAGCCGUUGGCUAUUAUUUCGAAUCGGUGUGAUAGCUCUGAGGACGUGCCAUGGAUUGCGGAGAAGAGAGGGGAGGUAUACGGGUUGAGUAAUACUUCUUACUCGGAUCCUGACGUCUGGCCUAAGGUACAGAUGGGGAAGGAGAAAGUGUUGGAGGUGGUGGAACAUGCUGUGGACAAGGGGUUGGAAGAAGAGGAAUUGAUCGAAAAGCUCUUUGAUGUCCUGGAUUCGGAUACACUACCCGAACAAGACGGCCAAGACUUCGAGGCGUAUAUAAUGGAGCUCAAGAAAUCCAUCUUCAUCCCCGCCAUCGGUCAAGCAGCAGAACCUCCUCUCCCUGCAGAUUCCAUCGCAGCAGCAGAUCCCCAUCUCGCCAAAGACUGUGAAGCAGAGCUACAAGAGAAAGAAAGACCAGAGCCCAGUCCAGCGAUGACGGGGAUUUAUGGCACACAGAGACAAACCAUCAUAUUGGUAGACUGGGAAGGAAAUGUAACGUUCAGGGAACGCUCGUUGUGGGAUGAAAAGGGACACCCGAUACUGAGAGGGGAAGGCGAUAUGGAUUUCCGGUUCAAGAUCGAGGGGUGGAAUGGUGAAAAGAAUGGGUAGUGGUGGUUUGUGAAUAGUGGGAUAACGUGCCGUCUAGUUCGCGCUGCAUAUAUGAUAAUGAAUUAUGUCUUUGAUUGCGGGUUCUUGGCUUAGUGAAGCUUAGACGUCUUUCCUUGUAAAUGCGUAAUUGUGGCUUGAUAUCAUCGGUAAAAAUAAGUUUCGUCUGCUUGUAAUACUGGGAAAUCUUAGUGGUUUCCGUAG